AUGGAAACCGAAGCAGAAACUGCACAAAGCAAUGACAGCAGCACCAAAAGAAAGAGAAAAAACAGCAAAUCUGAAACUCAUGAACAUAAAAACAAAAAAACCCAGGCAGAAAAGGAUUAUCCCCCUCUGCCACCUUCAACUUACGUGCCACCCCCCCCUGCAGUACCCAAUUCGGCCCAAACCAACCCACUAGACGAUUCUACAGUGCAAACCCAAAUGACAACUCUAACUCCAAACAAAAACAUUCACGUAGCUGAUAACUAUACCCCCCCAGCAACAAAAAAAGCAGCUCAGCCGGGCCCAGCUGCACUGGACGCAAAGGAAAACAUUCCUCCAAUCGUCCUAAGGAUGAAAAACAGAUGGACCAUGAUCUCUAAAGAGAUAAGCAGGCAAGGCUGGUCAUUUAACAAGGCAACAAACAUCCACGACGGCAUCAAAUUCCAACCUACUGAUAUCAACUCUUUUAGAAAAAAACAGCCUUCCUUACAUCUAACAAGGAAGAAUACCAUACUUAUUAACUGCCGGAGGAAAAACUAA